AUGAAAUUUAAAGUUGCUGUUAAAAUUGUCAUCAUUUGCUUACGUCUCUUUCCGGUCAACACACACAAUUAUCUUGUUUAUAUAAGGCAACAUAAUGGGCCGUUCUACGCCAUCACUGCAUUCCAGUAUGGCAAAAUACAAUUGAAAUUCACCAAAACAUAUUUAGAUGUGAAAUUCCUUAAGAAAUGCAAACAACAUAAACUACUUCCAAAUUUUGUUCGAUUUCGAAUAGCUCAAGUUUAUUCUCGCCAUCGACCCGUCGUCGAAAAUUGUUAUCAUCAAAUCUUAUCAAACGAAAUAAAAUUAAAAAAGAAAGAACUCUCAUAUUUCCAUCGACACUCAAAUAGAUUAAAAAAUGAUCUAAUGACCACACUUGAUCCUUUGCUUUACUCACGUACAAUAACCAUUAUUCAAAAUUUGGUACAGUACAAAAAACGACAAUGGAUCUACACACAUAACAAUAAAUUUAACCUUUUAUGUACCAAUGAUUUAAAAAAGAAACAACCACAAUCGAUAACUUCAAAUAAAUAUCCAAUAUCACCUGUUCAUAACUUAUCGGAGCGACAUUUAACACAAGAUGAAUUAGAAGCACUCAGUGCAGGUUUGAAUUUUGUACCAAUUCCUACACAACUCGAUGAAGAAACAUUCGUAAGCAAUAUUGAAAAUUGUUUUGUACAAUUACUUGGACGAACGACAGACACAUAUGAUUAUGAAAACAAACUAGAAGACGAACCUACUCAAUACAACUUAACAACUGAACAAAUAACUACAGCUCAAAACAUUCGUUCAGCAUGUGACAAAUUCACUGAUUCUACCUAUAGAUCUUUGAAAAGUCACCCUAGCAGCAAAAAACUCGAACGUACAUUACAAAAUCUUGCAAAAGACAAGAAUAUCUACAUUACAAAAGCUGACAAAGGCAACGCUGUGGUAGUUAUGAAUAAAACCGACUAUAUCGCAAAGAUGAACACCAUUAUCAACGAUAAGAAGACAUUCCAAUUAUUAGAAACAGAUCCAACGCUGAAACAAGAAGAUAGACUACUUCGAAAGUUGAAAACUCUCAAAGAAUCUGGCUUCAUAAACGAAAAUCAAUACAAUUAA